GAAGAAGACGCAAUAUAGGCGGCUGAUAAGGCGGCCAUUUUGUAAAUGCUGCUCUCGGGCCAUGGCGGAGAUGGAUGACGGGGAUGAGCCGGGAUUAGUGCAUACUCAUAGCGGUUCGUCGUCUUCAUCCAAGCCGGGAGGAGAUAAAAUGUUUUCUCUGAAGAAGUGGAACGCAGUGGCGAUGUGGAGCUGGGAUGUGGAGUGUGAUACCUGCGCCAUCUGUAGAGUCCAAGUAAUGGAUGCAUGUUUAAGAUGUCAGGCAGAAAACAAGCAGGAGGACUGUGUUGUUGUUUGGGGAGAGUGCAACCACUCCUUCCACAACUGCUGCAUGUCUCUGUGGGUGAAACAAAACAACCGGUGUCCACUCUGCCAACAAGACUGGGUCGUGCAGAGGAUUGGCAAGUGACGGCUUCCUUACACAUCCAUUGUGUUCUUCAUCCACUCUGGGCCCCGUCUGGAUCAGGCCUGAAUCUUCUGCUGCCCAACUCUGCCUGGACUUUACCAGAGCUCCAGCUGACCCUGGCUGCGUGUCCUCUGCCUCUCGGCCCUGCAUUAAAACUGGAGCACUAUACAGUCUGACUGGAGCGUCUGAAUGAUGCUGUGAAUGUGUCUUUAAAGUAUGUUCGAAUAAAAAGUAAAGUAGUAAAAAAGCCUAACGAGUCUCCCUUGGAGAGUGAGAUAACAAUCACACUUUGUUACACUCACAAUGUUUUAGCGCCAUUUCGUUGUUCUGAAUUGAACCCUGACCCUGGAGGUGUGAGGCCACACUUGAAAGCACUGUGUCAUCGUGCCAAAAUCUAAAUCUGGAUUAAGAUCUUUUUGCUGAACCACUAGAAUUAGGCUAUGUUGACAUUACCAGCCUAAAAAUUAAUCAAUUUGUACUUUUUUUUUUGUGAAUACACAUUUGAUUUUUUCAAAUCAGAUCAGCAAAAUAACAUUUUUUUUUCCUUUUUUUUUUUUUUUUUUUUUUUUUUUACAUGUGCAUGUAUUGGUAAGGAACAGUUUUGUUUCAUUUUUUUGUGAAUUGUUUUCUAAAUUCAAAAUAUAACUAUGGUUAUUUAGAGUGUAUAUUUAAAGGAAAUGCCAACAUGCAGUAUUUGCAGAGCUUUAAUAACUCAAAUAAAACAAAAUGCAAAUAA